AUGUCCACUUCCGUCGUAGACGAGCCAUCGGCCAACGAGGAAACUUCUCCAUUGUUGUUUGCAUUUACGUCGUUGCCAGAUCCAUUGACUUUGAGCUGCCUUGCUCGAGUUUCGAGAUUUGACCACUUAGCCUUAUCUCUAGUCUCCAAAAGAUACCGCUCUCUCGUAAUCUCCCCUGAGCUCUACAAGACACGAUCGUUAUUAGGUCGUACCGACGAGUGCCACUACGUAUGCUUAAGCACCAAGACCUACCCGACCUCUCGUUGGUUCAUCCUCCGACGAGAAAAUACCAAGACCUACUUAGAAAACGCCGCAGCAGAGGACCUGGUCCCUGUCCUUUCUUUCCCCACUCAGCUUCCUGAGCUGUCUUCUUUUGUGGCUCUUGAUUGGGGGAUUUAUGUCAUCGGUGGAUUAACAAACGACAAUAGAACGUCCGAUGUCUUGCUUCUGGAUUGUCGGACUAACACGUGGCGCCACGCCCCAUCUAUGGGAGUGGCUCGAGCUUCAGCAGCCGCUGGCGUCGUAGGUGGGAAGAUAUAUGUGUUUGGAGGAUGUGAGAGUUUAGAUUGUUCGAACUGGGCAGAGGUAUUUGAUCCAAAGACUCAAACUUGGGAUGUUUUGGUGCCAAUGCCUGAUCGGAAUGAAGGUGAUAAUCUGAUCCGUGAGACCCUAGUGAUGGAUGAGAAGGUUUACGCUGUGAGUCUCUGGGACGGAAGCUUCUACUACUCGCCGCGUGAAGGUAAAUGGGGAAGAAAGAAGAAGCCAGAAACUCAAAGUUAUUAUUGUGUGAUUGAGAAUGUGUUGUACAGUUGUGAUAAGUUUGGGAGUUUAGUUUGGCGUGACUCUGAGGAAUUGGAGUGGAAGGAAGUUAAAGGCUUGAAGGCUCUACGGUUGAAGUUUCCUAGCUCUGCCUCCUUCCGCUCCAUUGCAAACGAAAAGUGUGUCAGUAAGCUGAGCAGUUUUGGUGUCAACAUUGUGGUCUCCUCUGUUAGGGCUACGUUUGAUGUUUGGUGGGAUGUUUGGUGUACCGAGAUUUCGUUGGAAAGACGUGAGGAAGAAGGUGAGAUUUGGGGAACUAUUGAGUCAGAAGCUGUAACCGUAGUUGAUCAUGUUCCUUCUGGUCGCGUUCCGGUUGAGGUUCUGUGUUCUGCUACUGUCUAUGUCUAA